AAUAACAAUUGCAACUUCAGCUGUAGUGAUGAUGAAACAUCUUAUCUUAACCAGCCCUGACACGAAUUGGUGCUAUUCAUUUAACGUUAGCUCUUGAUGUAACCCUACGGAUGGAAACAGAUACACAGGUGACAGCGAGUUGACCAGCGAUGCCAUGCAGGUAAAAGUUGCGUGAUUGAAGCCGCAGAAAUGAGCGAUAGAGCCGAGAUGAGAGGGCCCGUAUCCCGCCGGAGGAGGACGACCAUCUCGGGCGGAGGUGGCAGCGGAGCGGUGAAACAAGCCAACGGGAGCAAGUGGCACGAUGCCGGGGAGAGUUCGCCACUGUAUCCCGCUAAAGCCAAAACAGACGAGUUGCGUAGGCAUGCGAGUAAUAACGGGAAGGUGGACAGAGAGAUUGGGAUGUCAGGACAGCAGCAACAGCUCGCAAACCGUACGAGAAAACAGAGGAGUCUGGUGGAAGAUAUUAACGAGAAACUCAGCUGUCACGUCCUCCAAGAGUCUCUCUUAAGUUCAGCCAGUGGCUACAGCAACUACAGAGGAAUUCUCAACUGGUGUGUUGUCAUGCUGGUGCUGAGUAAUGCACGCCUCUUCUUAGAAAACAUUAUAAAGUAUGGUAUCUUGGUGGACCCUAUCCAAGUAGUGUCUCUCUUCUUGAAGGACCCCUAUAGCUGGCCGGCAGCUUGCCUCAUUAUUGUGUCGAAUGUGUUCAUCUUAGCAGCCUUGUACACAGAAAGGCGUCUGGCUGUGGGUACCAUUACCCAAAUGACAGGACUGAUUUUUCACAUUUUUAACCUGACGUCCAUGUUGAUCUUCCCUUCAGCCACUGUACUCAUUGUGACCUCCAUGACCCCAGUGGGUGGUGUGCUUUCCCUAGGAAUCUACACAGUGCUGUUUCUCAAGCUGUACUCGUACCAAGACACCAACAGGUGGUGUCGAGAAAUCAGACAUGCGAAAGCCAAAAGACUAACGCGGUCAUACUCAUGUCCAUCUGUGGCGCAAUCCAAUGGUUCAGCAGUUCAUACUCAUGUCUCCUACCCAGGCAACCUCACCCACAGAGACAUGUACUACUUUGUCUUUGCCCCAACUCUCUGCUACCAGCUCAACUUCCCACGGUCACCUCGAAUACGCAUAAGGUUCCUGAUGAGAAGACUUUUUGAAAUGCUUUUCUUCAUGCAGCUGUUGGUUGGACUGAUACAGCAGUGGAUGGUUCCUACCAUACAGAACUCAAUGAAACCAUUCCAGGAAAUGGACUUUUCUAGGAUGGUGGAGCGCCUCCUAAAGUUAGCUGUCCCUAACCAUCUGAUAUGGUUAAUAUUCUUCUAUUGGUUUUUUCACUCUUCUAUGAACUUUGUGGCAGAGCUGCUGCAGUUUGGAGACCGAGAGUUCUACAAAGACUGGUGGAACUCUGAGACUGUCACAUAUUUCUGGGCCAACUGGAAUAUCCCAGUUCACAAGUGGUGUCUGAGACACUUCUAUAAGCCGAUGUUGAGGAAGGGGGUCAACAAGUUUCUGGCUCAAACCGCCGUCUUCCUGAUGUCUGCCUUCUUCCACGAGUACCUGGUGAGCGUUCCUCUGAAGAUGUUCCGACUGUGGGCCUUUAUGGGAAUGAUGGCUCAGGUUCCUCUGGCUUGGUUUGUGGGUCGUUUCCUGAAUGGAAACUAUGGCAACGCCGCUGUGUGGAUGUCACUCAUCAUUGGCCAGCCUGUCGCUGUGUUGAUGUACGUCCAUGACUACUAUGUCAUUCAUUAUGGGAGCACUACGUAGUACCGGACAAACUUACACGUUCCCACAGUCGCACACAAACAUGUACAAGUCAUGUUGUAUACCCCCACACACACACACCGGCCUGCAGGACAACUUAAUGAGUGAAUGUCGAGCAAGUUAAAGUGACUUUAAGAAAGAAAGCCCUGCUAAUAUGAACCAGUCAGUGAAAAGCAGCAACAGCAAGAAUUUGACUUGUUGAUUUUUGCACUAAAGAGAAAUUAACCACAGUAUUGUCAGGAAAUGAUUGUAACAUAAGAAAUGCUUUAAAACAGUAUUCCACUUUAAUAGGACAAACAUACCUUUGUAGUCAGCCUCCUGUAUUAGGAAACCUCGGGAUCCACCAUCACCACACACUCUUAAAUGUCCCAUGACAUGGUGCUCUUUGGAUGUUUUUAUAUAGGCUUUAGUGGUCCCCUAAUACUUUUAUCUGA